AUGGUCCAAGUACCAAGCGGUUUGCCACAUAGCCUGGAUGCUUGCGGAUUGUUGCGGCUGAAAGAUGGUGGUGGUAUAGAUUCAACUGCUGACUGGUAUCUUCCCAAGGGUGUAGAUUUGCUUGCGGAACUGCGGAGCCAAUUUUUGGAGUUGGUGUGUGAGUGGCAGCUACUACCACGCCUGCGCUCCCACGUAGCGCAGGCUAGCCGGGAGCCUUUGCUGUGUGAAGAUGAAGUUCAGUGUGUGAGGCAACGCUUAGCGGACUUUCUGAUGAGCAAAGGCUUCCCUUGCAAGGUAGAGGUGCCGCCGGGUCAGCCACUAACUUUGGACCUGUGGCGUGCGCUUUUGCUGUUCUGCGACGACAUCGAUGUGAAAUUGCCUGGCAUUUUACGUGAGGGCGUGCCCACAGGCAUUUUGGAAUAUGUUUUACCUUCAGGGGUGUGGCGUGCAGUAGACAAACCUGUGCGCCCUGAAGGCGUGGAACUGGAGAUCUUAGAUGAGCCCUGGGGCUCAGCGUUGGAAGAUCCAGACUGCGUAAUGCGACUAGUGCAAGCAGAUGUGGAAGCCGGGUUUGCUGACUGGAUUCCUGGCGGUGUGGAGGAGGCCCGGUGCCUCUUUGGGGCCAAUUGUGCGGGCUUAGUCAAGAAAGCUGGCUCGGAGCCAAGGUUAGUGGGUGACAGCAGCAUCGGUUGCGCCAAUCAGCUAUCUCGCAUCCGGGAGAAGAUUGAGCUCCCAAGUUUGUUUGAUGUGGAGCAGUUUGUGUCGCGGCACCCCAGUGACAGGAUUGGUGUUGCUUUGCGUGCGCUGGUGCAAGAGGGGAACAGUGUGUGUCGGCGAGAGUUGAGGCAGUUGCUGGGAAUGCUGUGUUGGUUCACCACAGGCACGCGGUGGCUGCGACCUUGGCUAAGCGAACUUUUUCAUCUCCUGUUCAAACAGCAGUUGCGGUUUCAAAAACUUGAUGCGGCCCAAGUGCAUGAACUUGCCGGAGUCUUGUCUGAUAGCAUGCGUGUCUUGGCGAAAUGCCGCUUGUCCGACAUCCUGCCAGGCUGGCAGUUGUUGAGUGUUGGCAGCCGCGAGGUGACCACCAAGCAUGAGCUCCUCGGCUUGCCACACCGCGGUGGAUGGUGGUGGGUCAAGUUUGGCGACCCAGCAAGCGCCAAAGUGAAGGUUAUUAACGAGUGUGUGCCAGUGCCCUUGGUUGUUAGCAAUGCCACUGGGCUUGCCGCUGCUGAUGCGUUUGCAGAGGGCCAAACAGCAGGUCUGGGGGGCUGGUGGCUUCCAGCUGGUGCUCCGUUGCGGCCAGAGUGUUUGCAAUAUUUCUUUGUCCGCAUCUCGUUGGAUGAUUUGCCGGAUUGGUUCAGACCAGCUUCUGGUGAUUUGAAGAGUUGCAUUGCGGCAUUGGAAGCGUUAGCCCAGUUGCUGUUGCUGGCAUGUCGCGUGGAGGCGCAGGAAGUGUCCCAGCAUCAGGUUGGCUGGCUGGCAAUACGCCAAAUGUGUGACAACCUGGGUGUGGUUGGCGCAUCGGCAAAGCAGCUUUCACUGAAGCGACCAUUGGCUGCGGUGCUACAAUCUUGUGCCUUGUUUUGUUCAAGAAAGCGGCUCACUUUGCGAUUGUCGCAUGUUGCGGGGGAACGCAACGAGUGGGCAGACAUGCUGUCGCGAGGAGCAGACAGAUUCAAUGAUUUCUGGCAGAAGUUGUCCCCGCAGCGGAGGUGCUUCCCCAAGUGGAAAGAGCUAUUAGCACUUGGGCAGGUGUAA